AUGAAAUCGGGUAUCAUAUCUAUACCCACUGCAUCUACGUCUGAUGGCACAACAUAUUAUUACAUAUCUGUAAAACUUCCGCUUAGAACUUACACUGUACGGAGAAGAUACUCAGAGUUCCAAGAUUUGUUGUAUCAUUUGUGUGACGAGCUAGGAAUUAGUCAAGCGGACUUUCCCUACCAACUCCCACGGAAAACUUUGUUUUUUAAGAAUAAUACUUCUACUAUAGAGACUAGAAGAGUUCAAUUAGAAGAAUUUUUAAACUUAAUAGUCACUGAUUCGACCAUGCAAAAUUGUUCAGAAACGCUCGAGUUUUUACAACUGCCAGCCCAUUUCAAAUUCAGUGCUGGCAUCUUCAGAUAUGCUGGGCAAGGUGAUUUGGAUCUAAAUGUGGAUGAAAGUCUGAUAAACAAAGAUAACUGGUUAGAACUUUUGAGAAUGUUAAGAUCCAAAGUUGAAAGUUUGACAACUGAGUGUGCUAAUAAGCCAACAGUUAACAAUAAAAUAAUGGUGCAUGAAACAAUUCGCAAAUUAUUAAGACCUGUGUAUCAAAAGCUACUGAAUUCAUUAAAUUCAUUAAAAUCUGGUAUAUCACGGGGUGAAUUAUCAAGGAGGGAAGUUCUUCUCAGAGAGGUUGAAAAUGACUUGAACUCUUUGGAUUCCAUUAUUUCUUCUGGUAAGAAGAAUUCAGAAAGUGAAAGCAAGGAAAAAUUUGGAAGAAGGAUCCUUGGUGCAGCUCCUCGUGAAACUAAUGACACACUUCCUUUAAAUAAUAAGGAAUUGCUUCAAAAUCAGAUUCAGAUACAAAAAAAUCAAGACAAUGAAUUGCUUGAAUUGAGAAAAAUAAUUGCCAGGCAAAGAGAAAUCGGGGAAAUUAUUCAUGACGAAGUAGAGCAGCAAAAUGAUAUGCUAGAGGCCCUUCAUGAUCACGUAGAUGCAUCGGCUGAUAAAUUGAGCGAAGCAAGAAGGAAGGCAAAAAAAAUCUUAUAG